AUGCCGCAAUAUGCAUGGCUUGUUGGAGCGCAGUACAAAUCUAUGGAGUUGGCAAAGUCUGACUGGGCUGCAAUCAGAAAAUCUCCCCCAUGGGCCGUCGAUUCUUGGGGCUGUCUCUCUGGUAUGAGGUUGAGCAAAACAGAGGAGCUGCGUAACACUGCUUCAAUUCCAAAGUCUCUGCUUCCAGAUUAUCAGCGGCUUUUGAGUUCCAUGCCUUCUCGCAGGUUGAAUUCAUCCAAGCUUAUUGAGAACAGUGAAUAUUUUCAAAAUAAGUUGGUGGACACCAUACAUUUUAUGGAAAUUCUGAAUUUAAAAGACAGCGUUGAAAAGGAUACCUUCUUCCGCAAACUUCCAAAUUUAGCUGAGCAACUCCCUAGGCAAAUCGUGCUGAAAAAGUUGCUUCCUUUAUUAGCUUCUGCCCUUGAAUUUGGUUCAGCUGCUGCCCCUGCAUUGACUGCACUGCUGAAAAUGAGCUCUUGGCUUUCUACUGAAGAAUUCAGUGUCAAGGUACUGCCAACAAUUGUGAAACUAUAUUCCUCCAAUGACCGAGCUGUUCGAGUGGGUCUGUUGCAACAUGUUGAUCAAUAUGGAGAAUCAUUAUCUGCACAAAUUGUUGAUGAGCAAGUGUACCCCCAUGUUGCUACGGGUUUUUCUGACACAUCAGCUUUUCUUCGUGAGUUGACUCUUAAAUCCAUGCUUGUUCUGGCUCCGAAGCUCUCUCAACGCACUAUGUCAGGGUCUUUGUUGAAAUAUCUUUCAAAGCUACAGGUUGAUGAAGAACCAGCAAUCCGGACAAAUACCACCAUAUUACUUGGGAAUAUUGCAAGCUACCUAAACGAAGGGACAAGGAAGAGAGUUUUGAUUAAUGCUUUCACAGUACGUGCACUGCGGGAUACGUUCUCUCCUGCCCGAGGAGCUGGAGUUAUGGCUUUAUGUGCCACCAGUGCUUAUUAUGACAUCAAUGAGGUUGCAACUAGGAUUCUUCCAAAUGUGGUUGUACUUACAAUUGAUCCUGACAGUGAUGUCAGAUCAAAGGCAUUUCAAGCAGUUGACCAGUUUUUGCAGAUUGUGAAGCAACACCACGAGAAGACAAAUUCUGGUGAUACCCCUGGAGCUUCAGGUAUUGGAAUCUCAUCGAUGCCAGGAAAUGCCAGUUUACUUGGAUGGGCCAUGAGCUCCUUAACGCUUAAAGGUAAACCUUCCGACCAAGCACCAGUUGCUUCUGCAAAUUCUGGUACACCUCUAACAUCAACGACAUCCAAUGCCAGCUCAGCAAUGGAAACUACAAGUACAACAUCAAUCCAUCAUGUAAGCUCAGGCACGGACUUUGCCGAUCAGCCUGCACCUGUUUCCCCUACUUCAACAGAUGGGUGGGGAGAAAUUGAAAAUGGAAUUCAUGAAGAGCAUGAUAGUGACAAAGAUGGUUGGGAUGAUAUUGAACCUCUUGAAGAGCCUAAGCCAACUGCUGCUCUUGCCAACAUUCAAGCAGCUCAAAAGCGGCCAGUCUCACAACCUGUUUCACAGUCAAAACCAGCAGCUACAAGUUUGCGACCAAAAAGUACAGUUAAGGCAGCAAAAGAUGAAGAUGAUGAUUUGUGGGGUGCCAUAGCUGCACCUGCUCCGAAAACAUCAUCAAAACGUUUGAAUGUGAAAUCAGCAGCAACAGUUGAUGAUGAUGACCCUUGGGCUGCGAUUGCUGCUCCUCCACCGACUACAAGGGCCAAGCCUUUAGCAGCAGGUAGGGGCAGAGGAGCUAAACCGGCUGCUCCAAAACUGGGUGCACAAAGAAUAAAUAGGACAUCCUCAACUGGGAUGUAAAUUUUAUAUAGCAAAAACAUGACAAAAAGGAAGAAAAAAGGUAAUGUUUUGUAAAUUUUAGUCCAUUUUGGUGACUGGAUAUGUGAAUGAAUCCAGGUGACAGUGAGUAUGUGUUAUAUUAGUUGAUUCAUAAUAUCAUUCUUUUUCUAUAAA